AUCACUGAGCUUCCAGCUGCUGCUGUAGCCGAUUAUUCGUCUAAACACAGAAGACAGUCGAAUAAUCGGCUUUCAGCGGUGGCGCGAGAUCUCUAUGUUUCCUAUUAGCGUCACGUUUAAACUCUGACUUCACUGUAGCAGUUAUUUUUGUUUGUUAGUUUCUUUUUGUUUCCCAGCCGUCAUGGCUCUUCUAAUGGAGCACCAGUUCAGGCAGCUCCCAGCCGACAAACAGGUAGAGACCAGACCCUUCCUGGAGGCGGUUUCUUACCUUCCACCCUUCUUUGAUUGUCUCGGCUCCACUGUUUUUGCCCCUAUUAAGGCCGACAUCGCUGGAAACAUAACUAAAAUCAAGGCUGUGUAUGACACCAACCCGAGUCGAUACAGGACGCUGCAGCAGAUCCUGGAGGCUGAGAAGGAGAUGUACACGGCCGAGUGGCCCAGAGUCGGAGCAACACUCUCCCUCAUGUGGCUCAAAAGGGGGCUGCGCUUCAUUCAGGUCCUCUUGCAGAGUUUAGCGGACGGUGAGAAGGAUGAGAACAACCCCAACCUGAUACGAGUGAACGUCACUAAAGCCUAUGAGAUCUCGCUGAGAAAGUACCACAGCUGGUUUGUGCAAAAACUCUUCAAAGCUGCGCUAUAUGCUGCGCCCUACAAGUCAGAUUUCCUGAAGGCGCUGUCUAAAGGGCGUGAUGUUAAAGAGGAGGACUGCCUGGACAGAGUGCGCCAGUUUCUCGUCAACUUCACUGCCACCAUCGACGCCAUCUACGAGAUGUACACCAAGAUGAAUGCUGAGCUCGAGUACAAAGCUUAAGCUGCUGUUCUGCCUUCUCAUUGGCUCACGUCAGACUGAUCUGCAUUCUGAUUGGAGCCCAUUUCUCUCAGGGUUUCUCUGAGCCUCUUGUUUGUUGUUUAUUUUCUGUUCUGUAUUGGCCAUGUGGCCCGUCCAGCUGGAGAGCACUGACUCUUAUUCAGGACACUGCUAUGUAAAUAUCAGUGUCAGUUUGAUGUGUAAUGAGUCAGGGCAAAUGGACAUGUGUUACAAUCUCAAUGAAGUCCUCUUAUAAAUGAUUUCUAUCAUAUUAUCAGAAAUAAACCUAUAUAUUUGGUUACUCUACUUUAAAAAUGACAGGAUGGUGGAGGCCCAACACACUGCAGACACAAUGCUGCCUGCCUAUAUAUGGUUGCAUCUGCCUUGAUAAACUUAAUAAGCUGGAUCUAUGAAGAAAAAUAUAAAAACAAUAUAUAAAUGACAACCUUUGUGACUCUAGUCAGGAUUAAGCAGUUUACUGAAGAUGAAUGAAUUACUGUCAUGGUCAAGCUUCAUAUCUAACUCCCUGCAUUGAAGAACUCCUGCAAACUAACAGGAUCAUUAGCCACAGAGGCAGCUGGUGCUAAAAUACCACAUCAGAGACACCGACUCAGAUAAUUCCUUGAGUCAGUUCUAUGUGUAUUUGCUCUGAUAUUUCUUCACUUCAUCACUCUCAACUGCAUUUUGUUCUUGUUUACUGAUUCAGGCACAAAAUUACAAUAAAUUCUUUAUGCU